CGUCGGCUGACUGAUCCCUUAGAAAAAAAAAUCUAUCAAUCCUUGGGUGGAGUUUUUUCCCCCGUCUCCACAAGGCAACUAUUUGCCCGGGACACGAACGUGAACCUCCUCAAAUUGGCGCACUAAUCCUAAAAGGAGCCAUGAAGUGUUAAACGGUAGAAACGGAGAGAGCGGCGCUCAGAUACCCGCACGCUGGGAGAGAGGGAGGAAACAGCGCUGCUCCAAUGCGUCUGUGCAACACAGACUGAAGAGAGAGAGAAAAAAAAACUUAUCGACUCACAAAACCUGAACCUGCGCUGCGCAAUUAGUGCGAGAAAAUUCACUUUUUCCUCCGGUUUUGAAGAAAAUAAAUAAAGAAAUCAAGCUGGCUCAGUGCGUGUCUCAGCAGCCCACUUUGACAGGUGCUCCUCACCCCCUUUGGAGGACUGUCAACAGCAAGAGGAUGGCAUCAGAGCUGGCAAUGAGCAACUCCGACCUGCCCACCAGUCCCCUGGCCAUGGAAUAUGUUAAUGACUUCGAUCUGAUGAAGUUUGAAGUGAAAAAGGAGCCGGUGGAGCCCGAUCGCAGCAUCAACCAGUGCAGCCGCCUGGUCGCCGGGGGAUCCCUAUCUUCCACCCCGAUGAGCACGCCUUGCAGCUCGGUUCCCCCUUCUCCAAGCUUCUCGGCGCCCAGUCCGGGAUCAGGGAGCGAACAGAAGGCGCACUUGGAGGAUUUCUACUGGAUGACCGGGUACCAACAGCAGUUGAACCCCGAAGCUCUGGGUUUUAGCCCGGAGGACGCCGUAGAGGCGCUGAUCAGCAGCAGUCAUCAGCUCCAGACCUUCGAUGGCUAUGCCAGAGGGCAGCAGUUCGGCGGCGCAGCCGGCGCGGGGGGCGCAAUGGCCGGGGAGGAGAUGGGAUCAGCGGCCGCAGUGGUGUCCGCGGUUAUCGCUGCAGCCGCAGCUCAGAACGGGGCUCCCCACCACCACCACCAUCAUCACCACCACCACCACACAGGGGCACACCACCCCUCCUCCGGGUCUCAGUCCAGCGGCGGCCCGGGGGGAAACCACCAACACCUGCGCUUGGAAGAGCGGUUCACGGACGAGCAGCUGGUGACCAUGUCGGUGCGGGAACUGAACCGGCAGCUGCGGGGGGUCAGCAAGGAAGAGGUGAUCCGUCUGAAACAGAAGAGGAGGACGCUAAAGAACAGAGGCUAUGCCCAGUCCUGUCGGUACAAGCGGGUCCAGCAGCGGCACGUUCUGGAGGGAGAGAAGACGCAACUCAUGCAGCAGGUGGACCACCUCAAGCAGGAGAUCUCCCGGCUGGCCAGGGAGAGGGACGCCUACAAGGAGAAAUACGAGAAGCUGAUCAGCACCGGCUUCAGAGAAAACGGAGGAUCCAGCAGCGACAACAACCCUUCUUCCCCGGAGUUUUUCAUGACGUCAAGAAAAUUCCUCCAUCUGUGAUAGAGAGCUGUGCCCUCUCGGCCCCGCCACCCUGGAGUCUGAGAUAUCAUGACACUGGAAUGCUGUUUCAAGACCAACCUACAGCAUCCGGACUGCCAUAAAGCACAAUGUCUCAAAAGCGUCCCACCCCCUGUGGCUUCAGGGCAACCAAUCCACAGCAAAUCCAAAGCCGGAGUUCAAUACUAAAGCGGAUGAUUUAAACAAAAAAAAAAAAAAAAGGGAGAA